AUGAUUAUAAAAUUAAAAAGCUUGCUGUUUUACUUGGUUACCUUUAUAUAAUUAUAACAUAUUAAGUUUGUUAUUUGUGGUGCAAUCGAGGUUUAGGAUUAUUAAUUGGACUAUACUAAUUUAAAUGCAGUAACUUAAAUGACAUUUAUAUUUAGGCUUUAAUCAGGACUAGGAGCUGGCAACUUCCUUAGACUUUCCUUCCCUUAAAAAAUAUUUGCUACAUCAAUUACUAAAGUUGUUGUUUAAUAUUCAUAUUAAGGGACAAACGGCUGCUCAUCUAUGUAAACAUUGCCAGCAAUAAUUAAUUUAGAUGGAUCUUCCUAAACAGAUUACUUAAUAUCAUUUCUAAAUGAUAUUUCAUAGCCUGUUGAUUUAUAAGCAAGUCCAAAUUGGUAUGCUCUCUAUAUUUAUCCUGAGGCUGGCACUAUUUUUAACUAAGGUAUACAAAAACCUAUUUAGGCUAGGACUUAAUCAAUAGACACUGUUGCUGCAUUAUACGGAACUCCAAUCAUUUAUGAUGUAACUGAUUCUUUUGCUGUACUAGAGUUUGAUUCUAGUCCAUCCACUGCUGGAAUUACUGCAUCUGCUAUAUUUUCCCCUCAAUACGCAUCAGUAAACAAAUUACCUGGAUCAUAAUAUGAAGUAUCCGUGAUUGUAAUUCCUAAUACAGCUAUUUUAAAUGGUGCAAGAAUAGUGUUAAGAAUCACAAACGAUUAAAAUUACAAAUUUCUGCCACAAUGCAUUUCAGAAGAAAAUAUUACUCCUUCCUAAACCACUCCUCCUUUAGAUCCAAGUCAAUAUAAAUGCACUCUAGACUCGAAUAAGAAUAGGAUCAUUAUUCUAAUCAACUAAGGAUUAGUUGUUUCUUAAAUAUACAGAUUUAGAGUAACUGUUUAAAAUCCUAGUUAUGUUUCACCAUAAUAAGCUCAAAUCGAAGUGAGGACUAUGCUCCUUAGCUCUAAUAAAAUUAUUGAACUUAAAGUUAUACCUGCUUUUUAGUUAUCAGUUAGUCUACUAUAGGUCUAACAAAAAGUAAUUAUGGGUAAUGGAAUAGAUCUCUCAGAUCCUAAUUAUUAAAAUAUGGCUAGAAUUUUAGCAGGAUAAAACUUUUACAAUCCUUUUACUUUUUAGUUUAUGCCUAAUUUUCCUACUCCAGAUAAAACUAAAUUAAGAGUUACUUUCAAAAUAACUGUAAAUAGUAUGCUUAAUGAUGCUAUACUUACAGGCUCAAUUUAGCACAAUCUUCCUCGAUUUGAUAUUAACACUCCUGUAAAUUGUGUAUUAAAUACUCUAGCAGCAAAUUAUGAAAUAAAAUGUGAUAAUGUAGGGCCUCUAACUUCUACUAACUGGUAUUAUAGUACUGCUAGAGUUUAUUUUUAAAAUUCGGGAGUUAAUAUUGAUUCAUAUUUUGGAAGUGUUUAAAUAUGGACAGUAGACAGCUCUGGAAAUGCUGUUACUUUAGUUAGUAUCAGCAUGUAAAAUUUUGUUUAGCCAUUAAUUAAACCCAAUUAGCAAGUUAUUGAUACUACUACUACAACUUACGGUUAUUAGCUUGUACAUACAUAGCCAUCACAAGAUGCUUCAGGAAAUUAGUUGUCACUAUCUCCAAUCAGUCAAAAUAGUGCAGGAAUUAAAUUUUGCACUAACAAAUCCUUACCUUAGAAAUUAGUUUUUACAUUAAAUUCAGGUCUUACUGGAUAGUUUGGCGGUGGAACUAAUCAAGCUUUUAGAUUAAUUGGCUCUCCAUUAAUAUAAGCUAACCCAGGAUAAAUUGGGAGUUAAUUUUAUGUGGAAUCUACAAAUCCAGGAUGUACAAUAUCAUCUUCUUUCCCUUCUGAUGCUAAUAGGAUGAUUACCACUUAUACAACUUAUACUGAUAUUCUAUUUGCAUCUGGAGGCUCAUCUACAUGCAUGAGCUAAGGGGGAGCGACUUCCACUUUUAGUAUUGGUGAUGUUUUUAUUUUGAGUCAUGGAAGCUCUUAUGCUGGAAGAGAUGGAUUUGAUUUUUAUGGUUCCUUUUAUUCUAACUAUGUUGAUAAUACUUCAAUUCCAAAUUCAUGGUUUGCUGUAAAUGCAAAUACUAUUUCUGUUACUGGUAGUGCAUGUACUUUGACUAAUCUUUAGUAUAUAAAUAUUGUUCUAUCUAAUUAUCAAACAUCCAGUGGAGCAUAAACUUAAAUUGCUGAUGGCACAAAAUACACUGCAUUUAUACGUGUAACAGGCUAUUUAACGGCUGAAGAAAUGGUUAACGCAAAGAGGAUUGCCGUAUUCUUUAACAAUGUUAAUUUUUAUUCUAUUGGUCUUGAUUCGUAUGGACAAAUGAUGGUAAGCUGCUCUAGCAGCAUGAAUACAAAUCAGAAGUGCUGGGGAUAUUCUGGACAGAUUAAUUAAUCUCAAUCUUUUCAUUCUAUGAAAAGAGUUGAGUUUGAUAUUAGUCCUUUUAUUGCUCAAACAGGCUCUUCAUCUCCUUUCUAACUAUUAAUUCCAGUUUAAGCUAUACCAAAUUUAAAUCUUCAAAGAUUGUAGGUGGCUGUACUAGUAGAUAACCCCUAUUUUGGCCACUAAACACAGGCUUAUUAAAUUUCAAAAACCAUGCCAGGUUAUACUAUUUUGACAGGUAGUAUUCAGCCUUAUUAUGCAACCCUAGCAGAUUUGAGUUACUAGCUAGUUGUGUCCACUAGAACUUAAGGAGCAGUCGAUGAUGCUUAAUUAAAUAUUGGACAUAGUCUGACUGUUCCAACCAUUAACUAAAAUAAUCCUAAUAAUGAUCCAAUAAAUAUUGGAGCAGCCUUUGUCAUAGUUGGUAACUGGUAAAUGUAUACUAAUACAUUAGCCGUUGCUACAACAAGUGUUGUAAACACUAAUGUUAUGUCAGAACAUUGCUUGCCCUUUUCAUAUUAAACAGGAGGAGUUUAAAAAUAUGGAAUUUUUUGCCCAUUUACCUAUAAGGAUACUUCAAUUACAGUCAGUCCAACAACUUCUGUAACUUUUAAUAAUUUCAAAUACCCAGCUCAAGGCCCUCUUAAAUUGAGUGGGACCUAUAUUUCAUGGAGUUAAAACAAUGGUGCCCUUAUUUCAGUACUUUAAGAUAGUACUUCUAUAACAUAAACCCUCAACGCUAAUCUCAUUUACAAUGUAAAAAGUUUAAUAUUAAGGAGAUACAUAUAAUACAACAGGGUUUAAUGGUACUUCACAACAACAAAUCCUUUCCCAGGAAAUGGCAAAAUAACUAUAAAUUUAAAUGAUUCUGGAAAUCCAUGGGGUUUUUAAGUGUAUGCUGGUAAUUUAGCAGCAUGCAUCCUUUAGCUAUAGUUUGGAACAUUUUCAACAUCAGCUUGCUCAGUUUCGGUAAGCACCAUCAAUAUAAUUUUUACUUUCUCUUAUUCUGGAACAUUCCCAGCAGGAAGUUACAUCUUAAACUAAUAUGGAUUUUAAUCUCCAAGCACUUCCUUGAGUAAAACUUAUGCAAUAACCAUUACUACAUCAAAUGCUGUAGGAAAUAUUGACUAAUCUAAUGGUUCUGCUACUCUUACAUUCGAUAAUAAUGUAGCUUUGAACACAGCAGUAGAUUAAAUAAAAUUUCAGUUUACUCAUUCGUUGAUUAGUAACAGUGUUGGAAAUUUAGAUUUAUUUUUCAGAAUAAAUAGUAGGCCUAUUCUUGCUCUUGCAACUCCUAAUCCUGGUGCUGGGCUUAUAGCAGGAUAAUAUGUCCAAAUUUAAAUAAGCUAAUUAGUAGGAUAAGAGAGCACAACAUAAUGCAGCGUAAUGUAAAAUAGUGUUACAUACUUUGGUUUUAAAUCUAUUGACAGCUCAAAUGCUAAUCAAAUAAGACUAUUUCCAAGAAACGAUAUAUUGACUGAAAGUUUAACAUUCUAGCUACACUGCUUAAAUGUGAUAAAUACCUUUUCAGCUUCUCCAACAUUUAAAAUUGAUCUUGAUUUCAAUGAUGGAGCUGUGUAAACAGUUAUAACUGGUACGCUUUCUCCAACAGGAGUUUCAAAUCCUUCAUACACAACACCUGCUGCACUUACAAGUGCUACAUUAAGCAAAUUCAAUGGCUUAGCUGGAUCAAAGUUGCAUUAUAAAUUUUAAUUGACAUUUUCUGCAACAGGUGUGACUUAAUCCUCAGCUAUUUUCCUUCAUUUUCCUUUAAAAUUCAAUCAUUUAGUGGGAUCUUCUUCUUUAAGUUGCCAAGUUAAUGGGAAAGUAGUUUAUUGCUACAACUUUAUUGAAAGAUGCAUUUUAGUUACAGCUUUCCCCUUAAACAUAGCAGCAGGAACUUAAUUCACUCUUGAAGUUUAUGGAGUAUAUGCCCCAUUAAAUGCAGCAGGAGCAGCAAAUAUUUAAAUAAGUCUAAGUAAAACUACUAGCCCUGAUUAAGUUGUUGAGUAAAUAAAUGUAUCAGAUGCUGCUACUUUAAGUGAUUCGACAUCUAGCUUAUACAUAGUAUCUACAACAUUAUCCGAUAUGUAUUCUCGUGAAUAAAAUAACUAUUAAUUUACCAUAAACUCUCUAAGUGCAAUAAGCUCUGGAUCUAAUAUAUAUAUUGAGUAUCCAUCAGAAUAUGGAACUUCUAUUGCUGUUAGUCCACCUACUACCUGCAAUAUACAAUCAACAAACCUUGCAAGUGUGUAUGGUCAAGGAUGUAACAUUUUUGGCUCUAACAUAUUAAUUUCUGUAAGUACUAAUAUACCUAUUGGAUCUUUUGUCAUUUAGAUUUAAUCAAUUAUAAACCCGGAAGAUACAAAAUGCCAGAUUAACAGAAUUAUGAUUUCAGUUUUAAGCUCAGAUAGGACUCAAGUGCUUGCUAAAUCAUCAGUCUCUUCAUCUAAUUAAUAGUUAUUCCGCUCAACCUAUAACUCUAACUUAAAAUACCUGAAUUGGUUUUAAGGUUCUUCUGAAAUAUUGUAUAAUUUUGCUACUGUUUAACUUAUUUCAGGUUCUUACUCUGCUCUUCUUGCUUUAAAAGAUAUUACAGGUUCAAUUAGUAGAAAGAUUUCAUAUACUUUAGCAAGUUAAUCAUUAACUAAUUUCUAACUAAUAUCUAGCAACAAUAAUUAGUAAAUAUAUCCAGGCUAAUAAUAAGAAAAUAUUUAUAUAGGCUGCCCAUCUAAUUCUAUACCUGGGUUAUAUACAUUAAUAUUCUCAAAAACAGAGAAUCACAGUAAUGCGGUUUAUGGUAAUAUCGGUCUCCUUAAUAUUAUAGUUUCAAACUCCUAAAAUAUAAUAUCACCUUAAUACACUACAUACUAAGUCUUUGCAGGAGGGUAUAGUCUUCCUAUCAAUUUUGAUUUAAGUAAUAUGCUACCUUUCAGUGGAGUCUCAAUUCAAUUUACUAUAGUUUAAGGUGGAACCACUGACCCAUAAAUUAGCUUGGUAGAUAAUAACUUGUCAACAGUACCCUAAUUAACACUAAAUUUCUCUCCAACACAACCAAAAGGAAGUAUCUUAGUAAGAUCUGCAGUCUCCAUGCCAGCAACAGCACAAACUUGGUCUAAAUUAUAAAUGACAAUUUUCGGAACUGAUGCAAACGCAUAUACUUCCACUACAACUCCAAUAGUCCUCAAACUUAUAAAUCCAAAUCCCAUACCAAGCUUCUAAUAUGUUUAGUCAGUUGAUUAAGUAUCUUAAUUAGCAACUUAGCAGAAUUUAAAUGUCUAAGCAACACUUCCUUGCACUGUGUAUUACUAUAUUAGAAAUGCUAAUGGUCCUGUUAGGUAAUUUGCUGAAGUGUAAAAUCUAGUGAAAAAUUAUGUCUAAUUAAAUCCAGUAGAUUACUUUUAAUAAUAAUAUGGCGCAUUCAAUUAUGAAAAUCCUUAGCUAGCAGGUGCAAUUCAAACUUUCUCAAUUUCAAAUCUAAGAUCAAAGAUGAACUACAUCAUAACUACUUGGACUUAAGAUCAAUUUUUGAAUGUUAUUAACUAAGGCGAUUCAUAAUUUUCAACAAAAAAUAAUGAUGGAAGAAAUAUGAAAAUACCUAUUACCUUUUCUAAAUCAAUAACACAAGCUUAAAAGUUGACUCUGGUAUGUUUCUUAUGUGAAUAAUUUGCCAUACCUUGUUUAAACGUUUUAAGUUUUGACAAUAUUUAUUGCAGUCAAGAAUCUUAGUACCAGCUAUCAAUAGUUGACUCAAUCAAUUAGCCUCUAUAGAGAAGAUUAUUAGAGUAAUAAGAUAAUAAUGAAAACAGAUAAUUAGUUUAUUCCUCUUCAACUCCUUCGAACACAGUAAAUUUUUACACAUUGUCUAUUGAUACUUAAGAGUAAGAUAUAAGCUGGAAUUCCAUUAUAAGCACUGUUUAAGGGUCGAACUUUGCUAAUUUUAUUUAAUAAAAUGAUCUAACCCUUCCUAGUAUUUUAUCUAUUUCUACUCCAAAAGAAGUAAACUAAUAGACUGCUCCCAUUUUUACAAGUUUACCAGUUGUUUCUUCUGGAAUAACAUGGAUUUACAUUGGUGGAAUACAAACUAGUGCUAACUCCCUCAUUUGGAUGUAUUUAGUUAAUGUGACUUACGGUGGAACUCCUUCAUAGCAAUAAAUGAAAUAUAUGUUGACUAGUUAGAACUAAACUGUAAAAACAUUCUAAAUAUAAUAUUAUGAUUAAGUUACACCUGUUUCAUUCAAUUACACUGAUCUUACUAAUGGAACACAAUAUGCAUUUUAUUAUCUAGCUACAACAGAAAAUCCCUCUCUUUUUGCUCCAGCUUCUAGCGUUUCAUUUGUAGGAUAAUAAACACUUAAUUAUAAUACCACAGUAUCAACUCAUUCUUAAAUUAUUUAUUUUGCUAGUUUACUAUCAGUUUUAAGCAUAAUAAUUCUUUGA